AUGAGUGACCAAAGAGUAACCUACGCAGAACUGAAUCUGGUUAAGGACUCAAAGAGACAGCAAAUUAAAUCUAAGGAUACCAAAGGCUCCAUUUCAGUAAUCGGGCAGGAAAUAACCUAUGCAGAAUUAAUUCUUCAGAAUGUUUCUCAGGAUCUUCAAGGGAAUGGCAAGAAUGACCACUACAAAGAUUCCUCAUCACCUCCAGGGAGGCUCAUUGCUAGGAUCCUUGGGGUCCUCUGCCUUGUCCUGAUGUCCGCUGUGGUAAUGAUACGUGUUAUUCAGUCAUAUCCUUGUGGUCCUUGUCCACCAGAGUGGUUUACAUAUUCCAACAACUGCUAUUACAUUAGCACUGAAAAGAAGGCAUGGAAUGAGAGUUUGAAAGCCUGUGCUUCUAAGAACUCCAGCCUGCUCUAUAUAAGUGAUGAAGAAGAAAGGAAAUUUCUGAGCUCCAUAUCACAUUCAUCAUGGAUUGGAGUUUUUCGUAGAAGCAGUGAUCAUCCAUGGGUGUCGAUACAUGGGUCAACUCCCACACUAGAGAUAGAAGAUUCAUCUUCUGAUAACAGUAACUGUGUUAUGCUACUCCCAUUUGGCCUCACAUCAAGUUGUUGUGAAUCUCCAAAAAUAUAUAUUUGCAAGCAUAAAUUUUAG